CCAGCAUACCUGGAUCGGUGACCGUGGCCUUAAAAAGUUCGGUGUUGCCGUCGAAAUUUCCCCAACCCCAAACCCCCCAUCCAUCCAUCUCCAUCUCUUCCCUCCGAUUUCUCCACGAGGAAUUUCUCUUCGAGGCGUUUGAAGCUUCGCAUCGUCUAUUCCGAGCUCCCUGCCACUUCACUCGAGCAAUUGGCUUCGUUCGACUUAACAUCAUGGCCUCAACCACCGCCCGUCCUCGCCGCGCUGGCAUCCGGAGGACCAUCACCUCCGACUCCGCUCCAUCGUCCUCGGCGCCCUCCGUGACCGUCUCACCGCUCGAUUCACCGCUCCAGUCAUCCUCUAGCACUUCGCUGUCGUCGCUUGGCUCGGUCGACGACGUUGAAGUCAAGGCUCCGGCCGCGCUGGUCGACACGUACGGAAACAAAUUCGAGAUCCCGGACUACACCAUCAAGCAGAUCCGGGACGCCAUCCCGGCCCACUGCCUCGAACGAUCGGCCCUGCGAAGCUUGGGCUACGUCGCCCGUGAUAUCGCUGGGCUCGCCAUCACCUUCUAUGUCUUCCACAACUAUGCCACCCCAGAACUCGUCCCGUCCACCGCCCUUCGAGGCGCUCUCUGGGCCGGCUAUACGGUCAUCCAAGGCCUGUUCGGCACCGGACUCUGGGUCCUGGCCCACGAGUGCGGCCACCAGUCUUUCUCCACCUCGAAAAUCUUGAACGAUACGGUUGGUUGGAUCCUGCACUCUUGGCUUCUCGUGCCGUACUUCUCGUGGAAACUCUCCCAUAGCAAGCACCACAAGGCCACCGGUCAUAUGGAUCGCGACAUGGUCUUCGUUCCCCGGACUCGCGAAGACCAGGCCACGAGGAUGGGCAAGAUGGUCCAUGAGCUGAGCGAGCUGAUGGAGGAGACUCCGAUCUACUCGGCGCUCAUGUUGUUCGGUCAGCAAAUCGGAGGCUUUCCUUUGUACCUGCUCGCCAAUGCAACGGGCCACAAUUACCACGAGGGACAGGUCGAAGGCAAGGGCAAGGGAAUGAAGAACGGUUUUUUGAACGGCGUGAACCAUUACCUGCCAUCGAGCCCGUUGUACGAGCGCAAGGACGAGCACCUCAUCUUGUUGAGCGAUCUUGGGCUUGGCAUCGUUCUGUCGAUUGUCUUCUUCCUUGGGAAAAGGUUUGGCUGGUUUAACAUUUUUGUCUGGUAUAUCGUCCCCUAUCUCUGGGUCAACCACUGGCUUGUCGCCAUCACCUACCUACAGCAUACCGACCCCUCGCUUCCUCACUAUGACGCCACCACGUGGACUUUCACUCGCGGCGCUGCCGCCACCAUCGAUCGUGAUUUCGGCUUCAUCGGACGACACAUCUUCCACGGCAUCAUCGAAACCCACGUCCUGCACCACUACGUCAGCCUCAUCCCGUUCUACAACGCCGACGAGGCCAGCGAGGCCAUCAAAAAGGUCAUGGGUAAGCAUUACCGCAGCGACACUAAGCACGGGAUGUUCGGUUUCCUGUACGCCAUGUGGAAGAGCACCCGCUGGUGCCAGUGGGUCGAGCCCAACGCCGACGCUGAGGGCGAGGGCAAGGGCGUCAUGUUCUUCCGGAACGUGAACGGCCACGGCGUGCGGCCGACGAAGCUGGCCCCGUCGGGCGAGACGGCACUGAAGCGACCGACGUUGGUCGUGGGAUCCGAGAGCGAUCAUGAAGCGUCAUGACCCGUGACGCCCCGCCGUCCAUGAUCCGGGAAGAGAAUGCGCACUUGCAUUUCUUGUCGUUCGUUGACUAUCUGAUGGGCCUAUUUCGCGUCUUGCAUUGUUCCGGCGUUUUGCCUUUUGUGUCUAAUUGCGACUCCCGUCCAUCUCUUUGGAGACGAUUUUGCCAUUGUCUGAAGAGCGAUUCCGUUCGUUUUCAUGAUCGGUACUUGACCGGACGUUCGGAUGGUCGUGAGGCUGGACAUCACUUCCGACCACGACACGCAACCGCAUUGAUAGACGGGGAAAGAUUUUUGGAGAGUUUAUAGGAGAAGAUGGCAUUUCGAGGUCAUCGAUAGUGAAU